AUGGCUUUAUUAGAUUACUGCCGUUUAGACGAGAAAAUCAACUUAAAGCCUGCCGAUGCACUGACCUCCAUUAAUGAAGAUGUUAUGGGAUACACGCAAAACUUCCUAAACAGUGUUCAACUCGCAACACCGCCUUUUGCUAAUCCAAUUGAAACAUUAGCACAGUUCAAUACUAAAGAUGAGACAGGACGUCAAAUCAAAAUUGAGUUUGACCAUGGUACAACUACACUUGGGUUUCGUUAUAAAGGUGGUGUGCUGUUAGCUGUUGAUUCACGAGCAACUGGUGGUCAGUUCAUUGGUUCACAGUCUAUGAAGAAGAUUGUUGAAAUCAACGAUUACUUACUAGGGACCCUAGCUGGUGGCGCCGCCGAUUGUGUGUAUUGGGAUAGAGUUCUAGCAAAACAGUGCCGUCUGUACGAGUUGAGAAAUCGCGAGAGAAUCUCUGUGGCUGCAGCUAGCAAGCUGAUGGCUAACAUGGUUUAUAACUAUAAGGGCAUGGGACUUAGCAUGGGGAUGAUGCUAGCGGGCAUUGACAAGAGGGGUGCCCAACUAUACUAUGUGGACAGUGAAGGUACUCGCACUCCUGGCAAGGUGUUCUCUGUGGGAUCGGGCUCUGUUUAUGCAUUUGGUGUUCUGGACUCCGGUUACCACUGGGACCUUGAAGAUGUGGAGGCACAGGAAUUAGGUCGGCGUGCCAUCUACCAUGCGACGCACCGUGACGCAUAUUCAGGUGGCAUCAUCAGAGUGUACCACAUCAACGACAAAGGCUGGGUGAACAUCUCCAACGAGGACUGCUCCGAUUUGCACUAUAAGUACCAAGCGGAGAAGGGCAUCAAGGAUGAAUAAAAUAUAAGUUUCUUUUUUAAUAAAUAAAUAAUGAUUAAUGCA